CGCAUGCCGUGGUCAAGUAUUGGCUCACGACCCCGGGACGACCCCAGCCCUUCUAUCCGCAUCUUCCCGGAUUACCGCAUUCCUUGGUGUGGCUUUCUCGUGGAAGUUUCGUGCCCCCCAAGGGCCAAGGGGUGAUGAGGAGGAGGCGGAGCCGCUUCGGCUCAUGCAACUGCAGGGCCAGUCUUCUUGCCUCUCGGUUUCUUUCCUGCGGGGGGGGUCCACUCCCUGAUCCAGAAGCUGCGUGCCUUCCACAUGCCGCUCAGCGAUGGAGACGUGGUGAGGCACUUGGCCAGAUUGAGCCCGCAGAGCGUCGCAGACCUCGUGAAGGGCGCCGAGAGGCUCCGUGGCGCUCUCGUAGAUCACGAGUUUGAGGUGUAUGUCUCGAAUGUCGGAGUCGGUAUUACGUUGUCGCGCAAGCGUUUCUUCCGGGCGCUUCGCAGUCCUUGCGGCACGAAUCAGCUGCGACACAAACGAUUUCGUGCGAUGAUUCCAUGUGAGUGUUCGGCACUUGACGUGGCCAUCCUGGCGGGUGAACCGAUGUUGGCGAGAGCGCUCAGGGCUGUGGGUGUGCAGAUGCUGGCAUUCCAAGGACAGGAAUGGACGUUCAUAGAUUUGUUCGGGGGUGAACAAAAACUCACGGAGUUGGAGGCUCGAAGGCUAGAGGCGGCUCUUCUCGCUGGAGUGGAAUUUGGCGCCUUCCUACCACGACUCUUGCACGCCGCCAUCGGUGGCCACCAGCGGAAGGCUGCCAUGCUGCUGAAGCGGCAUGGCGCGGAGAUCAACAUCAGCGAGUUGGGAAAUGUCAACUGUCUCCACCUAGACGUUGAGACCCUGAGCCUCGUGGAGCAGUUGGGCUACGACCUGAGGGCGGCGCGACCUGGCUGGGCGGCGGUCGAAUUUUGGUUUUGGAGGUAUUUUCCACAUGUAUUGUUUUUUGAUGAUUUUUUUCCUGAGCCUCCUCAGCUGCUCGAGAUGGUCAUCUACUGCCGCCAGACGCGCACCGCCGAGCGGCUCGCAGCGUCUGGCUGCGACGCCGGGCGCCUCUCACUGGAAUUCCUGCGCGUGCUCGGCCCGGACGCCGUCGACGUGGCCCGGCGCGUCUCCGCCAUCGCGCAGGUCAUGUACCAGUUGGUCAUUCUGCAACUCUCUGGGUGGUGGCACCGCGAGGGGCCCGGCGCCGCGGGCGGUCGCGUGGUGGCCCACCACGCCUGCGUUGUGGAGCUCAUCGCCGAGUUCGCGCUGGCGGUGCCCCUCCUCGGCGAGCUCCGGCGCGAGCCGCCUCCGCCGCGCCCCGCCCCGGCGCCUCCUGGCGCGCGCGCGGCGGCGGCGCCGGCGCGAGAGCCGGGCAACGCGGCGGAGGUGGUCGUGGUUGCCUCGUGGGAGCACGAGGAGCCAGCCGCGGAGAUUCACCCGGCGGAGGCGGCGGCGGUCGUCGAGCAGCAGUGGGCCUCCGGCGUGGCGGCGCUCUGUGAGGGCCUGGCGCGCCCGCGGCACGAUGGCGUCGGCAUCGUGGGGCUGCGCUUCGGCCGCGACCCGGCGGCCUUCCACGAGGCGGUGCUCGCCUCGCCGCCGAGUCUGCGCGCCCUCGAGCGCGGCGAAGACGUCAAGCCGGCGUGGGCCAGCGGGGCCUUCGUCCUCGUCCCCGAGUGCGUCGCCCGCGAGGGCCUGGAGGAGUGGGUUGGGCAAGCAAGCGGGGGGAAGUGGAGGGAGAGAGGGUUCCGCUAA